AUGCCAUCUUCUGUGUCUCGACGGCUGGUGGACCACACAGAGUUGCCGCCAUGUGCUUUGAGGAUCCAUCCCGCCAAUCCAACGGUGGUUUACAUUGGAACUUACAAACUCGUCAAGGACGAAGAGCGCUACGGCUCCAUAGAGAUCUGGACCUGCACAGACUCGCUUGCGAAGGUCCGCUCCGUUGCCACGGCCUCGGCCGUGCUGGACCUCAAGUUCGACCCGUUCGAUGCCACACGGUUGGUCAGCGUGCACUCCACGGGAAACCUCAUAAUCUGGAAAAUUAGCGACGAUUUGCUCGACAUUUCCGAAACGUUCAAUUACCAAGCGUACGAAAACUCAACGCUGAUCACGGCCAUCAACUUCCACCUGACCAUCCCCAACACGCUCACGCUGAGCACCACCGCAGGAACGUGCUCGGUGCUCAAACUAAACGGCUCAGACAUCGAGAAAACCGAUUUCGACACCGAACACCAGCUCGAAUGCUGGUUCUCAACGUUCGGAACGUUUGCCGGUCUCGAACACGUUGUGUUUUCAGGGGGAGAUGACAGGAAACUGGUGGCACAUGACGCAAGACAGCCGGAGUUGCCCAUUUGGGAAACAGACCGUCUGCACGACGCAGGGAUCGUAUCGGUGCUACCAGCUUCAACUUUUUGGAACAGUACACACCCGUACACCGUGUGGACGGGAAGCUACGACGACCAGGUGCGGUCGCUGGAUUUGAGGGUUUCUGCUCCGCAGGCGCUGAUCUCGGGACUGCCUCCGCGAGCCAAACAGACAGAGAACUUGGGAGGCGGUGUAUGGCGGCUGAUUCCAAAUCCCGCUGGAGAUGACAGGGUUCUUUGCUGUGCCAUGUAUGCGGGUUGCAGAAUGUUGAAAAGCACGGUCCAGGGGAUUGGUGUGGAAGACGAGUUCCAGGGCGAGCACGAGUCGAUGGUGUACGGGGGCGACUGGGUCGGCGACAACAUGAUAACGUGCAGUUUCUACGAUCGGGUGGUGCAGGUGUGGCAGGAUACAUAG